UUCCAGAGCAAACUUGAUGAUUACCAGGAACGAAUGAAUAAGGGAGAACGUCUAAAUCAAGAUCAAUUGGAUGCAGUGUCAAAGUAUCAGGAAGUGACAAAUAAUCUGGAAUUUGCUAAAGAACUGCAGAGGAGUUUUAUGGCUCUGAGCCAAGAUAUCCAGAAAACAAUAAAAAAGACGGCUCGCAGGGAACAAUUGAUGCGAGAAGAAGCUGAGCAGAAACGUUUAAAGACUGUACUAGAAUUGCAGUUUAUUUUGGACAAGUUGGGUGAUGAUGAAGUACGCAACGACUUGAAACAGGGAUCAAAUGGAGUACCGGUACUGACAGAGGAGGAACUGACAAUGCUGGAUGACUUUUACAAGCUAGUUUACCCGGAACGGGACAUGAACAUGAGGUUAAAUGAGCAGUAUGAGCAAGCAUCUGUUCACCUGUGGGACUUGCUGGAGGGGAAGGAAAAAUCUGUUUGUGGAACAACCUAUAAAGCUCUAAAGGAGACUGUUGAACGUAUUCUUCAAACUAGUUACUUUGAUAGCACCCAUAACCAUCAGAAUGGAUUGUGUGAGGAAGAGGAGACAGCACCCACACCUGCAGUGGAAGAUCCUGUAGCAGAAGCUGAACCUGAUGCAGCAGAAGAAUUUACUGAGCCAACUGAAGUUGAAUCAACUGAGUAUGUAAACAGACAAUUCAUGGCAGAGACUCAGUUCAGCAGUAGUGAGAAGGAACAGGUAGAUGAGUGGACAGUUGAAACGGUUGAGGUUGUAAAUUCACUCCAGCAACAGACACAAGCUACAUCUCCUCCAGUUCCUGAACCCCACACGCUCACUACUGUGGCUCAGGCAGACCCUCUGGUUAGAAGACAGCGAGUACAGGACCUUAUGGCACAGAUGCAGGGCCCAUAUAACUUCAUGCAGGAUUCUAUGCUGGAGUUUGAGAACCAAGCACUUGAUCCUGCCAUUGUGUCUGCACAGCCCAUGAAUCCAGCACAGAAUUUGGACAUGCCACAGAUGGUUUGUCCUCCAGUUCAUGCUGAGUCGAGACUUGCCCAGCCCAAUCAAGUUCCUGUGCAACCAGAAGCUACACAGGUUCCCUUGGUUUCUUCUACAAGUGAGGGAUAUACAGCCUCCCAACCCAUGUAUCAGCCUUCUCAUACAACAGAGCAACGGCCACAGAAAGAAUCAAUUGACCAGAUUCAGGCUUCAAUGUCACUGAAUGCAGACCAGACCCCAUCAUCAUCAUCACUUCCCACUGCGUCCCAGCCUCAAGUAUUCCAGGCUGGAUCUAGCAAACCUUUGCAUAGCAGCGGAAUCAAUGUUAACGCAGCUCCAUUCCAAUCCAUGCAAACAGUAUUCAACAUGAAUGCACCUGUUCCUCCUGUCAAUGAGCCAGAAACCCUUAAGCAACAAAAUCAGUACCAGGCCAGUUACAACCAGAGUUUCUCCAGUCAGCCUCACCAAGUAGAGCAAUCAGAUCUUCAGCAAGAACAGCUCCAGACAGUGGUUGGUACUUACCAUGGUUCCCCGGACCAGACCCAUCAAGUGGCAGGUAACCACCAGCAACCUCCCCAACAGAAUACUGGAUUUCCACGUAACAGUCAACCUUACUAUAACAGUCGAGGAGUGUCUCGUGGUGGAUCACGUGGGGCUCGAGGCUUAAUGAACGGUUACAGGGGACCGGCAAAUGGAUUUAGAGGAGGAUAUGAUGGCUACCGUCCUUCAUUUUCCAACACUCCAAAUAGCGGUUAUACGCAGCCUCAGUUUAAUGCUCCUCGGGAUUACUCAAACUACCAGCGGGAUGGAUAUCAACAGAAUUUCAAGCGUGGCUCUGGACAGAGUGGACCUCGGGGAGCUCCACGAGGUCGUGGAGGGCCCCCAAGACCAAACAGAGGGAUGCCUCAAAUGAAUGCUCAGCAAGUGAAUUAAACAAAUUCACAGGAUUACAUUAAACGCCAAAAACACACUGGCCAGUGUACUAUACAUGUUACCAGAAGAGUUAUUAUCUAUUUGUUCUCCCUUACAGGAAGUUUGUUGUAAAGGGACUAUUUUCAUUACCCAUAAUGACAGGACUACAGUUGCCAGCUUUAUAUUACCUGGAUAUGGAAAGAAACGAAACAACGUUUACUCUGCAUGUUCUGUCCUAAGCAUCAUCUUGAGCCUUGCACAUGAGAUUCAGAUUCCUCACCCUUGCUAAGAGUAAAGCAAAAAAAAAAAAAAAAAAAAAAGGCAAUUUCCAGGGUGAUCCAACCUCCAUGGUUAACUGAAGUGGCAGGAAAAAAGCAAAAGACUCACUUCUGACAUUUAAGUGAUGCAACAAAUUUGGAUACAAUCUGCAAAAAAGAUUUACUGUAAUGGCAGUUGACAGAUUUUAAUGUUUCCAUGAAAGAAGGAUAGAAAAAGUGAAGUGUGGCUUGGUAGAGCAACUGCAUUUCAGCUUUUUCUUGUUAAAUUAAAGCACUGAACAGUGAAAGAUGUGUAGUGGUGCAUAUAUCCCUAAAUCGACAAAUGGGCUUAUAGCCGGGUUUUGAUAACCAAGAAUCUCUUAGCUACAGCACUCCCCAUGACCAGGGCCCUGUGUACUGUGGCUAAGGAUGUGAAAUUGCCUGCAUAACUGCUAAUGGAAUUGUAUAAAUUCAAAAGCAACAUGAACAACAAAGCUUUGAUUUGGCCCUUCAGCAAAAUUUUGCAACAAAUGUGAGAUAUAAUCUGGAUGGCCACUGUAUAUUUGAUGUGAAGUAUUUAGAUAUCUCUGGAAUACGUUCUAAGUUUCUUUGAUAGCAAUGACUUUUAUAAGGAUUGGUACUCUCUAUCAUUCCUUAUGACUUGCACAUUGUCUGUCACUAAUACUUGACCUUGCUGUAUUAUCACCUGAAUAACUGAUGCCGGUACUGAUGGAAACCUCUAAUGGAUAAUCAUAACACUUUUGGUCACAUGUCCUCUUGUCUUUCCUGCAGCCUUGAAGGUUUUAAGAAAUCUCAAAAUGCCCGCUGCUGCUGCCCUUUUAAUUGCUCUCUUUUGAAAAGCACCAGUAUGUGUUUGAAUUGAUUUCCCCUUUUAAGGGAAGUGACAGCCAGCAGUUACAGUUCUAAUGGUAUAAGCAAGACAAAUAAAACAUGUUUAUAAAAAUUGUAUCCUGGAACACUGGUUUUCAACGACUGAAACAAAUUUAACGUAAUGCGUUUUUUCCCUGAUAGGAUAGACGUAAACCCACUUACUCCUUUUCUAAUUUUAUUCUUAUAGCUGUGACUUGUUCUGGGAGACUUUUUGUUUAUGGACACUUUCCUUUUCAUUCAGGCAGCGAUGUAUAGAAGAAAUAGCAUAAGACUAGGAACUGGAAAAUACCAAGUCUUAUUUGAGUUUUACUGCAUACUUGUGGUAUAAUCUUUGGAAAAUCACUUGUGCCUACCUUUUGUGCACAUGCACUCUCUCUGCAGUGGGGAGAAUAUGUUGAUAGCUGCCUCCAUAGAGGUGUUGGUUGUUCUUUUGCAUUCUGUAGCACAUGCAAGAAGUGCUAAAUGUUAAGUAUUGCUCAUCAAAUAAUUCCUCCUUGUGGAACGGUGACAUUAAGAAACAGCUACAUGUUGUUUUAACUGUUACAUACAAAAUUGAAGGUUGUUUUCAUGCAGAAGGUCAUUUCUACUUUGUAUCACAAUUGAACUUUCAGAACUUUUAGGCAGGUUUUUUUGACUUCAUUGUGAAAUAAUCUGAAACACCAUAUAAAUAAGUGAUAAUUACAUUUUGACAUGUUAUAUGUGUGAAGAGCACAAAUGAGAAAUACGUGUUUACUAAGAAAAGUCAUAAGCUUGUGAAGACAAUAUUACACAUCAGCCAUCUUGAAAUGAUGCUAAUGGCUAGGAGCAGCAGUUUUAGUCAAAGCCUAGAAACAUUCCUUACCAGUAUAAUGGUAUGAACUGCAAUCCAAUUAGAAGUUGCAGUUUUGUCUUUUUUUUUUUCUUUUUCCUUUUUUGGAAGGGAUUACUGAGAUAAGAGUCUCAACUUUUUUUUUUUUUUAAAUGGAAAAAUAAAAAGACACACUUCUUAGUGUUGAACUGAUAGAGGAAAACAAUUUUUUUUUGAUCAGCUUGCUUUUAAAUGGUUAGUAGAACACAAGCUAUCCAGCUUUUUCCAUUGCAUACCAAAUGCUUCUUCAAUAGCUCAUUGUAGUUUCACAGUAAACUUGCAGCAUACUGAAUUAAAGACCACUGACUGGAUGAGAACAUUCCACUUUAGGGUUUAGGUUGUUUUUAAACGUAACUUAAAUGUAUUAAUAAAAUGUGGGUAGUUGUGAGGCCUCUUAUUUGAGGUGUAAGCUUGUGAAUCUUUUCAUGUAUGAAAAUGGUCUUUAGGGUAGCUGUUCUACUGUGUGCUGAUAGAGGGAGAUGUGUUAUAAUAACAACCAUAGAACGAGUACGUUGGACAUAGUUAAUCUAGGAAAUUGCACAGACUCAUUUACUCUCAAUAAAUGCAGCUAAUAGUGUACUGAAAUACUGCCUUGAGUCACAGUAUGGCACAUAGAUCGACUAACUGGUUUUCUGGCCUGCUUUAGAGAAUCCGUGUGUCAGCCUGAUGGUUAAUUGAAUCUAUCCAUAGUCUUUUGUGCUACACUUCUCCCCCACUGCGGUGCAGGUGCAGAGCUGCACAUUUUAAAGAAUUCUAUUUAGAUAGAAAAUGGUGAGAACUUAAGAGCUCUUCGGUAUCCACCCACCCUAACUUAGCUCUAGAUCUGAGUUACCUGCAGAUUGCAAGCACUUCUACAUAAAUUUCUUUCUAAAAGACCUUGUUCCGAACAAUGACCAUUACAAGAAGUGGUCACAUGGAGGCAAAAUAGCAGCAGUUCUGGGCUGCUUCUGCUGUAGAACCCUUUCUGGACGUGAACUGCCGUUAGUCUAGUGAGCUGCAGCUUUAGGAUCAGUUAAGCCUGAUGCCUGUGGCUGGAAAAGACGGAGUGAGCAUAACAAAGCACUACUCUUGAGCCUGUAUGUAGACACAUCACUUGCACACCUUAUUUUCGGUGUUUUUACUUGAUUAUUCUGUGAAUCAGUCUCCUAGGAAUGUAACAGACCGGUGUAUGACUGGCUUCUGUAUAUACAGUUACUAUGAGGAGAUAGUGGUUUGAGGUUUUUUUUUUUUCUAUUUUAAAUUUUUUUUGUUGUGUUUUUUUGUUUUUUUUUCCCCCCCCAGGGCUUAUUUGCCUGAUAUUGCUAGGCUGUGGUAACAUAUGGUGGUAUGUGUUUUGAGAACCAACUUUCAGCUUCAGUGUCUUAUUUCCUUUUGGCUAUAAUACAAUAUUCCCUGAGUAAAUCAGUUAGAAAUGGCUCCAGAAUAUCCAGAUGUUUCUGUUUAAUGUUACUAUGUCUGGGAAGCUCGGAUUCUUCCUAGAUGUCCUGCAACUUAAAUAUUUAAUUCAAGAAUCAUUAACUUCUGUCUCACACCUAACAUCUGUUUUGUCCUGUGUUUUACUUAGAUGUUCUCCUUGUAUACUGGCUCUCUUAAGAAUCGUUAGUCACUUUUGGAUGUCACUGCGGAGGGAGUUUUAGACUUCACUUACCCUCUGUUUUCUUUCCAAGAAACCACCUUGUGUACAGCAAUCUCUAAAACAUUUUACCAUUCAGUCUAGUUGUGAGAGGGAUCUUGACUUCUUGUUAGCCAGUAAUGUGUUCUGCUGGUACUUUCUAACUUUUAGAGAACUUCAUGACCUUAACAAUUUAUCUUCUCAGCGUGCCCUAUCUAAUUGAUUUGCUACCUAGGCAGAGUCUUGUUUGGGUUACAGGUUGCCUUCAUCCAUAUCGUCUUUGGAGAACGGGUAUGAGGUUGAGCUUCCCCCUCUCCUCCAAAUGACGUGUGGAGAGGGGAACGUCCUGAAACGGCUCUAACCCCACACAAAUACUGAGAAGAUGAUUAAAUGGUACUGAGAAGGCAGCAACUUCAUGGGAUUAGUUAAGCAAGCAGGGCAAAACCUCUGAGAUUCAGCAGAAUAAGACCGAUUGGUCAGAAAAAUCUUGGUCUUCCUGUUCAUUCAAACUUCUGGCAGAGUCUGAGCAAAGUAGUUGAGUCGUCUUACCUCUUCUUUGUGAGAACGGUUACAAGUGUUCAUCUGAGAUGCAGGUGUUUGGGGUCAGUAUAACGGACAGGUUUGUGUUGUAUUCAGUUUUCUGCCAUCCUGUAUCCUAUAGAUGCAGAGGAUCAUUAGCCAGCCCCAUUAACGAGGUUAUUGGAACCACAUCUUGAAAAAUACUGUAUUGUACUCUCUUGCUCCUGCAAAAACUGUUCUUGAAGAAAGGAUAUGCAAAGUACCCAAACAGAUAACAAAGCUAUAUGAAGAAGACUACGUGUUUUUAUUCUUGCAAAUCUUUGCACCUAUCGUUACAGUAUUCCCUCGGCAUUGAAUAGGGGUGGGACUAUAAAGGCUUUUAAUCGCUUGAACUGUCAGCAAGUUUUAUGGAUGGGGGUGGGUUGGUAUUCUUUACCACCGACUGACCUAAAGAUCAGUGCCUCGUAGCCUCGUAUGAAGAACAACUAGAAAAUGACACUGAACAAACUGUUCAUAAGAUUUUCCUUUUGAAUUUAGGAGGAAGUUAAUGACUUUUUUUUUUUUUUAAACCUGGGAUUAAAUAUAGGUAUGAUUUUCCUCUGGAACAUUAUUGGAAACUCAUAUAUUGCAAAAACUUUGUAGUUUCCUUGGAACUCUCUUUUUCUCUAAAUGACAAAAUUUCUUUUUAAAUGUUAACGUUCUCUGACUGUUCCAUCACAGCAACAGCGUCUGAAUGUUUGACCAGUCUCAUAAUAAUCUCAGAUUUCUUAGAUUCAGCUGCAGCAUGAAACAAGCUUUGGGAAAACUCAGUUCAACAUCAGAUUGACACUCAUGGUAGUCAUGAAUGAGGCUAAUCAUUUAAACUAUGAUUUUGUAUUUCUGUUUGCCUAAUUCCUCUUUCCAGGAGUAGGAAGAGGGGGAAGGUCCUUCAAACUCUCCUGUUUGCAGAUACUACUUUUCUUUGCAUUCGAAUGUUUUUCCUCCCAAUCAAUGCAUUUGCCAAGAGGAAAGCUUUCAUGCUUUUGGUAACCACUACACCUGGCCGCUGAGGGAUUGAUGCUACCUUCAAAGCAUCUUCUGCCAUUAAAGGGAAAGAAGGCAUCUGUGAUGAUAUGGCGAGGC